UUAUCCUCUCCAGGCCGCACUGAUUGUAAUUUGCAUUUAUUAUUGUGUGCAUGUGAAUGGAUCAUCACACUGAUAGACCUGCACAGAUGCUUCAUAAAAGUCUGCCGGAGGACACAGUAGAGCACACACACAUAUAAAUAUACAUAUACACAUACAUAUAUGUGUGUUGAAGGACAUAAUAUACUGGCUGUGAGUUUGUUUUUGUUUCAUCUGACCUGUCAAUACUUGGACUGUGAGGUGGUCGUUUUUCCCGAGAUGCAAGUGAACUUGGACCGGAAAUGGCAUGAAGGGUCACAACUACCGCAGCCAUGUGAGUCCGUGACAAAUAUGACCCCUCUAAUGCGCCUUAUAAUCCUGUGCGACUUUUGUAUGAAAACAGACCUGACUUGACCCGCUCAGGUGCACUGGAAAAUAUGAGCGCUUCACCGUUGCAAUACUGUCAACACCAAAGGGGGCAGUGUCGAGUCGAAAAGUCAAAGUUUGGUGGGUUGUUAUGGUAACCACCCUGCGUCGCCACCUUGUUGCAUAGCAACACGUUCUGUGCCGCAAACAAGACUUCCGCUUCAAGAAGAAACAGUUCCAGGGAAAAAAAAGAAACCUGCAAUGCAAACCGGGAAUGAAAACCAAACCGAGGACGACCUUCAAGUUCCCCUGGGGCUGAAAAUUGAGUUCCUCAGAGCUUUGAAGGCCAAAGACCUCCAGCGGGCGAGGAGCCUGUGUCAGAUGAUUCUCCUCUAUGAACCACACCAUCCUGAAGCUUCAGAGUUCCUUCCUCUCAUCCAGAAGAAGCUGCUCCAAGAGCAAGAAGAGGCGGACCAGGGCAGUGGCGAUAGUGAUCAGGACGAUGUUGACUCUGGAAGUGACGGAGAAUCGGCGGAGAGUUCGAGCUCAUCCCAAACAUCUGAUGAGGAGCAGGAGAAGAUCAACUAAUUUUAAUCUCGCACCGGUAAUAUUCGGUAAAUAAAGUGUCAGGUUGAGAUGUGGCUUCGGACCUCAUUUUAGUCAUUUUCUCUGUCUUUGUGUGUGUAGAAGUUGCUUCCUAGCAGUUCCACUGUAGACUUUCCAGUCACGUCCGUAUCCUCUCUCCUCCCCUGCUCUCGGCCCCUUACUAAUAAAGACAACAGAUGAUUAGAAAAUAAUCCGCCUCCGUAUGCUUAAAAUGAGCAAAAAUACGUAAAUAUUACAUGUUAUUACUGUCAGGGUCAAAUACCAUCAGA